AUGGUCCUAGGAAGAUGUGCUAAAGAGCCCUUAGACUAUUGGUCUAUAACUACUAAGUGUGGGACACUCAAGGAGAUAGAAGUCAUAGAGGCCAUUAUGUCUGGCUUAAAACUCAUACUAGAACAGAAUAAGUUAACCGGUCCUAACUACAAAGACUGGUUGAGGAAUGUUAAAAUUUCCCUAAUUUAUGACAAAGUAGCAUAUGUCCUCACAACGCCGGAACCCGUUCUCGGCCCAGAACCCACUGUAGCAGAUAAUGAAAUCUGCAUAAAGUGGGAUAGAGAUUAUUCACUUGCUCAAUGUCUCACAAUUGCCUCUAUGGAUUUGGUCCAUCAGAGGCAACAUGAGAAUAUGGAUGUUAGAUCCAUAUUCCGUAAUACAGAAGAGCUGUAUGGCGAGCAACCGUGA